GCUGCCGGCUCUUGGCGUGAUGAGGAAACUGAGGCCCAGAGAGGUUAAGUGUAUUGGCCAAAGUCAAAGAGCUAGAGCCAUGUCCACCUUGUUCCCUUCACUCUUCCCUCGUGUGACUGAGACACUGUGGUUUAAUCUGGACCGACCCUGUGUGGAGGAGACAGAGCUGCAGCAACAGGAGCAGCAGCAGCAGGCUUGGCUCCAAAGCAUCACAGAGAAAGACAACAACCUGGUACCUAUUGGCAAGCUGGCCUCAGAGCACUACCAUGAUGAGGAAGAAGAGGAUGAUAAAGAUGAUGAUGAGGACAGUGAAGAAGAUACAGAAGAUGAUGAGGACAUGCAGGGCAUGGAUGAGAUGAAUGACUAUGAGUCACCUGAUGAUGGAGAGGUCAAUGAGGUGGACAUGGAGGCAACAAACAGGAUCAGGACCAGUGGAUGAUCUAGGUAGACAAGCCAAGGUGGCCUCAGAGUGAUUCCAGACCACCCCAACCUAUUUUGGAUCUACAGCCUCAGCCCCUCAGCCUGCAGACCCAGCUU